AUGGCCUCGCUCUCCACCAUCGAACCCGCUCUCGACUCGCUCACGAUUUCCCCGCAAGAAAUUGGCAGGGAAGAAAGCGUCUUUGUCGACCGUCUCGUCUCGAAUCCGAUCAUCAUUGACUGCAUCCUCUCGUUCUGCACCUCUGGCACCAUCUUUCGUAUCUCACGCACCUGCUCCUCUUCCCGCCUCGCCAUCCUCUCCUACCUCCAACGAGCCUUUAACAUAAACCGCCACCUUUCCCGCUACUUCUCCGACCCCCUCGGCUUCCGUCUCGUGCAGUCCCGGACAGGAACUAUCAUCUCUGGCUCGAACGCGCUGCAAUUCCUCGACCGCUCUUUCUAUCCCGAAUCCGACCUCGAUGUGUACGUUCCGUGGAAACAACUGAGGGUUCUCGCGCGAUGGGUCAUUGCAGACGGAUAUGUGUUUGAACCGAAUACGACGCAGCCGGAGGUGUUUAAGGAUGCGGCGAAGAAGAUGGAGCGCACGAUGGAGGAUGUGGAGGAGUUCGAGGAUAUGAAUAUGGGGUAUGCGAUGAGGGGCGUCGCGGGCGUUUUCACUUUCUUCAAACCUGUGGAGAGAAAGGAUGGAGAGGAGCAGAAAGAGCAAUCGCCGCUGAAGAUCCAAAUUAUGGCCUCCCGCACGUCCGUGGCUGAAAUUCUCAUCAAUUUCCACAGUACCUGCGUGAUGAACUUCAUCACCCACGAUACCGCAUACUCCCUCUACCCGCGCGCAACCUUCGACUCCCGCCUCGCGCUCGUCUGUCCCUCCCACGGCCCUCCCCAAGACGGCGCAAUCGACAAAUAUUUCAAGCGAGGCUGGGCCAUGAUCUACGAGCUCCCCACAGAUCCACCCGCCACCCCCGCGACCGCACAGUUAUCCACUCCUGAAGCCAGAGACCUCGCGGCGUCCGAACCUUCCUUCGUUCCGGGCACUCGCUGGAUAGACGACCAUCACGCCUGGGUCCUUCCCCUCUCCCCUCUCCCUCCUUCCCAGACUCGUGCUGCCGUCACCACCGCUUGCGCCUCGACGCGCGCGCUCCCCGAGAACAGUCCCUUGAAGUACAUCAACUGGCAGCUGGCCUUUCCCGAAGCCCCCGUUCCGCCCGAUUUCAUCCAUGAAGGCUCCGUCGCGAAGAUGCGGUACUGUCUGAUCAGGUCGGCGCUGUUGAGCGAGGUGUAUAUGUUCACGGACGAGCUGUUGUUGUUGCAUAUCUGGGGAGCGUUGAAGGGUGUGAGGAGCGCGCAGAAGGAGAUCAGGAAGGUGUUGAAGGCGGCGAAUGUGGAGCAUCAGAUGCCGGGGACGUCGAUGUCAGUCUUCCUCCUUUUUCCUGCAUUUGUUCUCUUUUUGGUUCCGCUUUGGUGGUUAUUUCUGGUUGGAUUUGUACUGAUUGGUGGUUUUGGGCGUAAUGUAGGCAUGAUGGGAUUGUGUAUAGCGAGUGCGAGACGUAUAGGGCGUCUGUGA